CUGAACACACAGCACGGUGUCCUCCUCCAGAUCACCGACGACCAACUUCUCCACCCCUCGAUUAACAGGAAGGACUUGUUUAAUGUAGCAGACGUCGCCACAGGGACAGGAAUAUGGUUGGAACAGGUCGCUGCUUUACUAGGAGACAUACCGACCAGCCAGCCGCGCUCGUUUCACGGCUUUGACCUAUCUGCAGCCAUGUUCCCUACGGAUCACGGUCGUAUUAAGUACUCAACUCACGAUGUGACAAAACCCUUCCCGGAGGAGCACCUUGGCCGCUACGAUUUGGUGCACGUUCGACUCCUCGCGAUGGCGAUUCGGGAAGAAGAUAUUGUAACGAUUGUUACCAACCUAAUUGGUCUGCUGAGACCAGGCGGAUAUCUCCAGUGGGACGAUAUUGACUUAAAUUCGUUUUCCAGCUUUGAUGGCAUCAUUAUCGACUUCGCAAAACAGGUCGGAUAUAGCCUGCGACUGACCGAAGUGGUACAAGAAGCAUGUGCCAAGCGUGGACUCCAGGGUGUCUCCAGACAGCAAUACAGUGUUGGGGCCAAGCCAGGGCUAGCCCAA